AGCAAUUUUGUGCAGAUUUGUGAACGUUGAGUGCGUCAGAUGCGCGCGCAUCAAAGUUUAAUAAAUUUCAAUCACAAGGUUGGCGACAAUGAUUGUUGACAAUUUGUUGGGAACAGGGAAAAUUGACUGUGUGCAGGCUGCAGUGACUUAACCUCGCAAAGAGACCAAAUACGACGAUCGGACAAUGACAAUUUACCCCAUUCUGUAGCGACAAAUCCAUUAACAUACCGCAGUAGAAAGUAUAAUUAAAUACUCUGCCAAAAUGGCAAGUCAAAUAAGUACAGCGAUGGACAGCUUAAACGCUGCUGUAAAGUCGAAUAUAAUACCAAACCAAGAAUACCUUCUGCAAGGUUCGGUUAUGGACAGUGCGGUGGAAGUCUUAUUGCAAAGAUUGAGAGGAUUGUGCGAUAACGUUGAUAGUAGGCCGGAGACUUUUCGUGAUCAUGAAAUGUGUUUCAGUAUAAGGAGAGGUCCUCCGCCAGAACAACCAUUAUCGCUGAGGGUGAGAAGAGCCUUAGAUCAUCAGGAUAUGCCUUGGCAGCUACGUUACAUCGGACAACCCGAGCUAGGUGACAAGUCUAGACCGACAAUAGUGCGAAGCAGUAUAGACAUUGCAACAAGCAGUACAGUUGUUGAAUUCCUCACAGAAUUGGGAUGUAGAAUAGAUUUUGAGUAUAUUGUACAGGGAUACAUGUUCCGAAAGGGUAGAAUGAAAGUAACUGUAGCAAAAAUAUUUAAAAUGGUUCAAGUGAAAAUACCGGAUAAUGUAGAACCCAUAUCUCAAAGCUACUUGGUCGAAUUGAGCGUGCUUGCUCCACGUGGACAAGAUGCAAUAGCUGAAGACAUGAGAAUAUUCGCCGAACAGUUAAGACCUUUAGUUCAGCUUGAAAAAAUUGAUUAUAAACGACUGAGUCAUUAGGGGGUUUAGAAUCAGUGUCCAUAAAUGAAUCACUGAUGAAUAGUUCCUAAUAUACAAUUGGGUACAAUGUUGUCUUUUCAGAUUUCAGUGUGCGAGAACUAUAUAGCAGAAAUGAUAAUACAUCGUAGUUCUCUUAUUGCGAAUUUUCAAGAGGAAUCUUUAUGCAAGUAUUAUUUUAAUAUUUCCUACUGCAAUGACCCAUAGAGAUUUUUUAUAUUGUACUGUUGGAUAUUUACAUUUGUAUCAGAUCCAUAAAAUUAGAAUGAAUUUGUAAAGUAUUGAACAAAGUCCAAUAAAGAUCCGACAUCGAUGCUACAAUUAGUCAUGUUAUGAUACAGAAACUACUAAUUUUUAACUCUCCGAAUGAAGUAAAGUAUUUCAAAAUAAUGAAUAAGUACUCGCAACUGAAAUUGAACUCAAUCUCAUUUUUAAAUCUCCAACACCUACCGAACUCAAUAAAGAUGAACUCUUGUGAUUAUUGCAAAAGUGUGAUGAGCAUGAUAAAAGGGAUACCAGAAGACAUGUGAUUUCCUGAUAAUCUGUUAUGAUUGUCAAACACCUGCAGCAUGUAAUUUGAGGGAUGGUUGAAAGUUUGUACUAUGUCUAUGAUAAGGCAGGACUAUGCUAAUCAUUUGCUCAGGGAUGUAGGACUAAUGGAUGCAGUAUGAGAUUGGCUGGGCAGCAAAAUAACAAUGUGAAGAGAGAUAAUGAGUGGAAGGGUCACUAAUUGUAAGCCACAUUGGAUCGUACCUUUCAACCGGAAUUUUAAGGAUUAGGUAAUGGUACUUGAUAUCCUUGUAAUAUUGACUAACCAUUUCCUCCCAGUUAGGAAGGCAGAGUGAAAAAAGUACUAUGAGGUAGUCUAGCAAUUUGUAAAUGCUGGAAGGUAAAUAAAAAAAUUAGUUAGUAUUAAAUCGUUUAGUAAAUAAUCCUUAAUGGUUAAAGAAAAGAACCGAUGCAAAAUUCUCGGGCCAUUUUAACUAGAUUAACUGGGAAUGGAGAGUCGAGAGUUGCGUUAUUGAAAAUGAAUCCGUGGAUAUUGAUAACUCAAAUGGCUUCGCGUUGUCGAUCAGGUAACCGAUUAUGCACCCACAUCAAUGUUUCGAGUAUCAAUGUUUUUGAUUGAUGGGUUUUAAAGUCGAUACAUCGAUAAUCGAUGGAAAAUAUUGGACUAUCGACAUCGUCAUGUCAGGAAUAAAUUGAAUUUCUGUGCCAACAUCUGUCGGUAACUCAUCUAUAGAAAUUUUCUAUUAAAUUUCUCACUGUUAAUUAGAAUGUUUCAAUAAUUUAAUUUUAUCCAAUGUAAUUUAUAUUUAGUUCUCAUAUUUUAUUUUUAUUUUGAAUAAUAAUGAUAAUUCAAAACUUG